AUGACCAACAGGUCCAGAGCAGCUGGACAAGGCUGGAUAUGGAAUGAAUUUAAAGAGUUAUUCCUACAAAAAUACUUCCCCACCAACAUCCCACACCAGAAGGAAGUGAAAUUCCUGGUCUUUAGACAGGGAAACUUGAUACUGGCUAAUUAUGAAAGGAAGUUUGAAGAACUACAUCGCUACGCCCCACAAUUGGUUAAUAUGGAGGAAAUGAAAGCGACACAAUUUGAACAAGGUCUACGUGAUGAUCUCCAACAAUCGGUGGUCACCUUUGAAUUGGGUACAUACCACGAAGUACUGGCGAAGGUACAGUUGGCCAACUUCAAGGAAAAUACCAACAAUACCAGUAAACUUCGGCAACCUGUGCUACCAAAGAAGCGUAAAUGGCAGAAUCGGAAAGAUAUAAUUAAGCAAAAUUUUGCAAAGAAAGGGAAAUGA